AUGCGGCAAGUCUACUUACAUUUCUUGGCCGUGAUCGUGGCAGUUGCAAAACGUUCUCGGCUUGGCCAGAAAGCGCUGGACGUCGAUGAGUUGUUGGCACAUCCAGGAGAAGAGAAGGCAGGCUGUCCACAGUGGCCAGCGUUGAAAGCCGUCCUGAAGAAACUGGGAGUCGAUCCGUCGCAUGUCGCAGAAAAUAUCCAGUGGAAAGGAUGCGAAGUCACGGCGAUCCACCUGAAGUUUCUAGAUGCACCGGGGACCGUGGACGAACAGAUCGGAAAGCUUCGCUCUUUGCGGCACUUCAGCCUCCAAGGCACCAAGACAGGAGGAGACUUAGCCAGUUUCGCAAACAGCCCCCAGCUGCAGCGGCUAGACCUGAGAAACACAAAUGUCUCCGGUGACAUCAGCAGCCUGGAAAACAGCCCCCAGCUGCAGGUGCUGUACCUCAGCAACACACUCGUUUCCGGGGACCUCCGCAGCCUAGCAAACAGCCCCCAGCUGCAAAAGCUGUACCUCAGCACAACACAGGUCUCCGGUGACAUCAGCAGCCUAGCAAACAGCUCCCGGCUGCGGCGUCUGGGCCUCAGCGACACACGGGUCUCCGGAGACAUCUGCAGCCUAGCAAACAGCCCCCAGCUGAAGGUGCUGCUCCUGAGAAACACCCAGGUCUCCGGGGACCUCCGCAGCCUAGCAAACAGCCCCCAGCUGCGGCGGCUGGCCCUCGACAACACACAAGUCUCCGGUGACAUCAGCAGCCUAGCAAACAGCUUUCACCUGCAAAAGCUGUACCUCGGCAACACACAGGUCUCCGGGGACCUCCGCAGCCUAGCAAACAGCCCCCAGCUGCAACACCUGGCCCUCGACAACACCCACGUCUCCGGUGACCUCCGCAGCCUAGCAAACUGGCUGCGGUGGCUGGGCCUGAGAAACACCCACGUCUCCGGUGACCUCCGCAGCCUAGCAAACAGCCCCUGGCUGUGGCGGCUGGACCUCACCAACACACGGGUCUCCGGUGACAUCAGCAGCCUGCAAGGCCACAGCAAAAUGAAGGACCUCGCUUUGUCCAACACCUCGGUCUUUGGUGACAUCGGCGUCCUCACCGAGUGGCCAGAAAUCGAGUCGGUGGACCUAUCUUGCACAAUGGCUACUGGGCGGCUUACAACUUCCUGGCGGGGCCGCUGUGCACUUCUGGGGUCCUUGAAGCUAAGCCACAGCCAGGUUGAAUUCUUGCCGACUGCUGAGGAUCAGAUGGAUUUUCAGAUGAUUCACACGCAAGAAGCGAACGCCAUCUUCCCAAAGCUGAGGUUGCUGGACAUAUCUGGAUGUCCUUUGCGGGGCAACGUCAAAGACAUGUUGCAGCCUCUCUUGGCUUCUGGGGUUCUAGCCACGAUCAAGGCUGACGGCUGCGGUCUCCUUGGAAGUCUUCCCCAGCUGGCUCACAUGUCCGCUGUUGUUGACGGGCGCUCUUGGGCUUCUUGGGCUGCUCCUUUGGCGAGGUCCUUGGUGAGUCUGGAUGUGUCGUCCAACGAAAUGUCCUUCAUCGAGGAGAUCCCACAGAGUGUGCAGGCCCUGUUGCUAGGAGACAACCCGUCAGUAGCCUUUGCAGCCGGGGUUCUUGCCAAGGCUGUAUCCGACAGGAUAUUCCUGGACUUGCAGAAUGUCACUUUGGAGAACAAGACUGAGGCCCAAGAGCUCCUGGAAGGGGGUCAGCUCACCCGUACGGACAAGCGCUCCUCGGUGAGCGUCGAAGGUGGAUUCGCAUGUUUCGAGUUCACUUCAAAAGCACUGCAGAUCACGCCGUCGCAGUUUCUGCCGAAGGAGUUGUGCAGCUGUUCUGCUGGUUUCAAUGGUACGGGAGCGGACUGUAAGAAGUGCCCUUCGAACUACUUCAAUGGAGAGUACAACGGAUCUUGCCAGAAGUGUGAGGAAGGAAGCACUGCACCCGAAGGAUCCACAUCAUGCAUCUGCACCGUGGGCGAACGCUACAAUGACAACGGCACGGAGCGCUGUGGAUGUGUUACUGGGGAGGGCUCCAACCGGUCCAAAGAUGGGAAGGAUGAAUGCCUGCCAUGCUACAACUUCCAUUUACGUUGCCCACACCCAGGCAUGUUGCUAUCCUCAGGCCUGCCGGAAGUUGGCCAUGCCCAGCUUCAGGAGAAAGACACCACGGCACGUCCCUGUCUUCCCCCAAAAAACACCAGGUGCAACGUGUCCGCCAAUGCUACAAGCACUCUCGGCUGCGCAGGUGGCUACAGCGGCAUUCUCUGCUCGGAUUGCGCGGCAGGUUACUAUGCCGCCAGCAAUAUGUGCGAAGUGUGUCCAAGCAGAGAUGCCAUGCCAGAGCUCUUGCACAUCGCCAUAGCUGCGGCCAUUACUUUGACAGUAGCUUCAGUGUUGGCCUUGUGGCUACAGCAGAGAACGCCGGGAGAGGCAAAACUACUAUCUGCGCUCAAAGCGCAGAUCAAGGGGCAGGCGCCCAUCCUAUUGCAAACAUGCCAGGUGUGGGCUGUUCUUGCCGUGCUUGCCAAAGAAGAACGAGAAGAACAAGCGCAGAGUUCAACAUCCUUGUGGGAACUGCCGUAUGUAGAGGUUCUGCAAUUUUCAGUUGCAAGCCUGAAGAAUGGCCUGAACCUACAAUGCCGCUUUGACGCUGCGAGCGUUCGCUUGGCUUCCGCCCUGAUCACGCCGGUCGCUCCGGUUUUGCUUUUGGUUUCCUGCCUUGCUGUGGAAGUCUACAACGGAUCUGGCAUCCGUGCUGCUUUGAAGGUGCUCACGAUGUUGUACAUUGGGGGGGCUUCCGCGACAUCAAAGCUGUUAAGCUGCCAAAGAGCAGACGGCGCAGGCAAUCUCCUCCCGACCGAGCUUACUUUCCGCAAGUUGCUUCCUCACCUUCGUUGCCAUCAUGAUCCUCUUGGACCCUACGUGGAUGCGACAGGCAUGGCCACUGCCUUUUGCUACGGCGUUGUGGUUCCGGGAUGCCUCAUAUACCUGUAUGUCAGACAGCACGUGGUGCUUUUACCAGGCCAGGAGACUGUCGCUUUGGCAGCAGACCAUGGUGAUUUGGAAGUGUGUUUGGUGCAAACAAGAAGCUCUUCACCAGACAAAUUGGCCCUCAAGCAUGCCACGUUCACACGGCGUUUGGUGGCAGCAGCUGCGGCCUACAUCUCCGUACUUAUGCGAGGUCGUGUGACUGUGGAAUUGAAGGAUGACACGGUGAUCGUGAAGCCCAUCGCAGGUGAAUCCUCUCGAAGUGAUGAGCUUCACAGCGCCGGUGCGAUCAGUCUGGUUGCCAAAGUUGACGUUGGCUCCUUGCAGGGCCGAAAACUUGCUGAAGCCAUGAUGGACCGGUGCAUUUUGGAAGAAAACGAAGCAGAGGAGCGAGUCUUGGCAGGCUCCAAAGCCAUAUUCCUCAAGUACGCUCGUUGCCGAAAUGUGUACAUGGAAAUCCUGCAGAAAGUUUUCGCCAUCGCGUUGGUGUCAGUGGUAGGCAGUGAAGACGGCGUACAGCUGUCAGUAGCGAUCACUUUGCUGAUGGCCGCAACAAGCGCAAUGGUGCAGCCGUUUUUGCAGCCACAGAUCAACGCUCUCCAAUGCUGCUGCUUUCUGUGCUUGGCUCUGGCAUCAGUGAGCUUCAGCUGUCAAAUGUUUUGGUUGAGUCGCUUCGCCUUGGCGUUGCCUUUCCUGCUCAGCGCCUUCUUAGCCCUCAGGCCCGACAGCACGGAAAGCCUCUCAGUACGCCUCUGGGAGCAGCUGAAGCAGCAGAUUUCGAAGCUGGAAGAUGCUUGGCACACGUUGGAAUCGCCCUUUGAGGAUGGCAAAGCGGUGGAGGUCUCCACUUUGCUGGAGCCCAGUGGGGUUCUCGGAGUUUUGGAAGGUGCAAAGCGGCGCGGAAGCACAGACAUGGAGAUUCAGAGUCCACACUGCGCCGGGAAUUCCUUUCACGUGGCCAGGCUUCGCUUGAAUUUCUUCGAAGCCGAGGAGAAGGUCUCCACUUUGCUGGAGCCCAGUGCAAAACGGCGCGGAGGCGCUCGCCGGGGGCUUGGCUCUGGUCCAGGCGCAGAGGAAAAUGAGCUUCGCUUCGGGUGCUACGAAGCCGAGGAGAAGGUUGCGCACGUCUCCACUUUGCUGGAGCCCAGUGGGGUCCUCGGAGUUUUGGAAGGCAUCGCGGCUCUAGGUGCAAAGCGGCGCGGAAGUGCUCGCGCAGAGGAAAAUGAGCUUCGCUUCGGGUACUACGAAGCCGAGGAGAAGGUUGUGCACGCUCCCGACCAGGAUUCCCUCGACAAGGCUUUUCAGCAGAGCACGGAGAUAUCAGCGGGCGUACAGCGAUCCUUGGACAAGCCUUGGACAAGGGAAGGGUGCGAAGUCACGGAGAUCGACCUGGAGAGAGACUUGGAUGUGAACGGGACCCUGGACGAAGAGAUCGGAAAGCUUCCAUCUUUGCGGCACUUGAGCCUCCAAAACACCAAGGCAGCAGGAGAUUUGGCCAGCUUAGCAAGCAGCUCCCAGCUGCAGCGGCUGGACCUCGACAACACACAGGUCUCCGGGGACAUCAGCAGCCUAGCAAACAGCCCCCAGCUGCAGCGGCUGGACCUCGACAACACACAGCUGCAGCAGCUGGCCCUCAGCAACACCCACGUCUCCGGGGACCUCCACAGCCUAGCAAACAGCCCCCAGCUGCAGCAGCUGGCCCUCAGCAACACACAGGUCUCCGGUGACCUCCGCAGCCUAGCAAACAGCCCCCAGCUGCAGGGGCUGCUCCUCAGCAACACACAGGUGUCCGGUGACCCCCGCAGCCUAGCAAACAGCCCCCAGCUACGGCAGCUGGAUCUGAGAAACACACAAGUCUCCGGUGACAUCAGCAGCCUAGCAAACAGCCCCCAGCUGCAGGAGCUGUUCCUCAGCACCACACGGGUCUCCGGAGACAUCAGCAGCCUAGCAAACAGCCCCCAGCUGCAGGGGCUGCUCCUCAGCAACGCACAGGUCUCCGGUGACCUCCGCAGCCUAGCAAACAGCCCCCAGCUGCAACAGCUGUUCCUCAGCAACACACAGGUCUUCGGUGACAUCAGCAGCCUAGCAAACAGCUCCCGGCUGCGGCGUCUGGGCCUCAGCAACACACGGGUCUCCGGAGACAUCUGCAGCCUAGCAAACAGCCCCCAGCUGCAGGGGCUGUUCCUCAGCAACACACGGACAUCAGCAGCCUGCAAGGAUCAGAUGGAUUUUCAGAUGAUUCACACGCAAGAAAAGAAGGCCAUCUUCCCAAAGCUGAGGUCCUUGGUGAGUCUGGAUGUGUCGUCCAACGAAAUGUCCUUCAUCGAGGAGAUCCCACAGAGUGUGCAGGCUGUAUCCGACAACAUAUUCCUGGACUUGCAGAAUGUCACUUUGGAGAACAAGACUCUCACCCGUACGGACAAGCGCUCCUCGGUGAGCGUCGAAGGUGGAUUCGCAUGUUUCGAGUUCACUUCAAAAGCACUGCAGAUCACGCCGUCGCAGUUUCUGCCGAAGGAGUUGUGCAGCUGUUCUCCUGGCUUCAAUGGUACGGGAGCGGACUGUAAGAAGUGCCCUUCGAACUACUUCAAUGGAGAGUACAACGGAUCUUGCCAGAAGUGUGAGGAAGGAAGCACUGCACCUGAAGGAUCCACAUCAUGCAUCUGCACCGUGGGCGAACGCUACAAUGACAACGGCACGGAGCGCGGUGGAUGUGUUACUGGGGAGGGCUCCAUCGUCAGGUCCAAAGACGGGAAGGAUGAGAAAGAUUGCCUGCCAUGCCGCGACUUGAAUUUACUUUGCCCAGAACCAGGCAUGCGGCUCUCCUCAGCCCUGCCGGAAGUGGGCCAUGCCCGCCUUCAAGAGGAGGACACCGCGGCAAUUCGCUGUCUUCCUCCGGAGUCCACGAGGUGCAACGUGUCCGCCGGCAAUGGUUCAAGCACUCUCGGCUGCGCAGGUGGCUACAGCGGCAUUCUCUGCUCGGAUUGCGCGGCAGGCCACUACGCCGCCAGCAAUACGUGCGAAGUGUGUCCAAGCAGAGAUGCCAUGCCAGAGCUCUUGCACAUCGCCAUAGCUGUGGCCAUUACUUUGACAGUAGCUUCAGUGUUGGCCUUGUGGCUACAGCGGAGAAUGCCGGGAGAAGCAAAACUACCCGAAGCAUCUGUGCUAUCUGCGCUCAAAGAGCAGAUCAAGGGGCAGGUUCUGCAAUUUUCAGUUGCAAGCCUGAAGAAUGGCCUGAACCUACAAUGCCGCUUUGACGCUGCGAGCGUUCGCUUGGCUUCCGCCCUGAUCACGCCGGUCGCUCCGGUUUUGCUUUUGGUUUCCUGCCUUGCUGUGGAAGUCUACAACGGAUCUGGCAUCCGUGCUGCUUUGAAGGUGCUCACGAUGUUGUACAUUGGGGGGGCUUCCGCGACAUCAAAGCUGUUAAGCUGCCAAAGAGCAGACGGCGCAGGCAAUCUCCUCCCGACCGAGCUUACUUUCCGCAAGUCGCUUCCUCACCUUCGUUGCCAUCAUGAUCCUCUUGGACCCUACGUGGAUGCGACAGGCAUGGCCACUGCCUUUUGCUACGGCGUUGUGGUUCCGGGAUGCCUCAUAUACCUGUAUGUCAGACAGCACGUGGUGCUUUUACCAGGCCAGGAGACUGUCGCUUUGGCAGCAGACCAUCGUGAUUUGGAAGUGUGUUUGGUGCAAACAAGAAGCUCUUCACCAGACAAAUUGGCCCUCAAGCAUGCCACGUUCACACGGCGUUUGGUGGCAGCAGCUGCGGCCUACAUCUCCGUACUGAUGCGAGGUCGUGUGACUGUGGAAUUGAAGGAUGACACGGUGAUCGUGAAGCCCAUCGCAGGUGAUUCCUCUCGAAGUGAUGAGCUUCACAGCGCCGGUGCGAUCAGUCUGGUUGCCAAAGUUGACGUUGGCUCCUUGCAGAGCCGAAAGCUUGCUGAAGCCAUGAUGGACCGGUGCAUUUUGGAAGAAAACGAAGCAGAGGAGCGAGUCUUGGCAGGCUCCAAAGACAUAUUCCUCAAGUACGCUCGUUGCCGAAAUGUUUACAUGGAAAUCCUGCAGAAAGUUUUCGCCAUCGCGUUGGUGUCAGUGGUAGGCAGUGAAGACGGCGUACAACUGUCAGUAGCGAUCACUUUGCUGAUGGCCGCAACAAGCGCAAUGGUGCAGCCGUUUUUGCAGCCACAGAUCAACGCUCUCCAAUGCUGCUGCUUUCUGUGCUUGGCUCUGGCGUCAGUGAGCUUCAGCUGUCAAAUGUUUUGGUUGAGUCGCUUCGCCUUGGCGUUGCCUUUCCUGCUCAGCGCCUUCUUAGCCCUCAGGCCCGACAGCACGGAAAGCCUCUCGGUACGCCUCUGGGAGCAGCUGAAGCAGCAGAUUCCAAAGCUGGAAGAUGAUGGCAAAGCAGUGGAGGUUGUCGUCGAAACCUUCACCUUCAUAUGA